GGUGGAAAGAGCAUCCAAUGACUCUCGCAUGCCUGAAAGGAUAAUGGCAUUUUUAUUAUCUCAUUCCACGUCCUGAUGAUCCGUCCAUUUGCUCCCUGGAACUGGCAGCAGUUUGCACUGAUUCAUACGCUGCAGACAUGAUUAGCAGAUCAUAUUGCAGGCAGAACUUGUCAAGCCUUUCCAAGCUGUCCUACCAGAGAAAUGAUGAUGAUGAGGAGGAAGCCGCCAGAGAACGUCGCCGACGGGCUCGACAGGAGAGACUCCGGCAAAAGGAGGAAGGAGAUCUAUCAGGAGAAGUAACAGAGAAAUCAGAAGUUAAUGCCCAAAACAGUGUGGCAGAAGAGGAAACCAAGCGCACUACAACCACAGGGGGAACAGAUGAUGAAGCUGCAUUGUUGGAGAGACUGGCAAGACGGGAGGAGAGACGCCAAAAACGUCUACAGGAAGCCCUGGAACGUCAAAAGGAAUUCGACCCCACUAUCACAGAUGGGAGCUUGUCACUGCCCAGCAGGAGAGAAGUAAACAAUGUGGAAGUAAAUGAGACCACGGGGAAAGAAGAAAAGGCUGAAUCACGCCGAGGACGCUACGAGAUUGAGGAAACGGAAACGGUUACCAAAUCAUACCAAAGGAACAACUGGAGGCAAGAUGGGGAAGAAGAGGAAAAAAAAGAAGACAAGGAGGAGAAGCCAAAAGAAGUCCCCAUAGAGGAAAAUCAGGUAAAAGAUGACAAGGAUAAAGGAAAAGCACCCAAAGAAGAAAUGAAAAGUAUCUGGGAUCGUAAGAAGGGAGCUCCUGAACAAAAGGCACAUAAUGGAGAACGUGAACUUACUGCCCCAAAACUUAAAUCUACUGAGAAUACUUUUGGCCGCUCCAGUUUGAAAGGAACUGCAAAGAGUGAGAAUGAGGAGCUUGAGAAGCUGAAGGAGAAGCAGCAGGAGGCAGCAGCAGAGCUGGAUGAACUGAAGAAAAGGCGGGAGGAGCGCCGGAAAAUCCUGGAGGAAGAGGAGCAGAAGAAGAAGCAGGAAGAAGCAGAGAGAAAAGCCAGAGAGGAGGAGGAAAAGAGGAGGAUGAAGGAAGAAAUUGAAAGGAGAAGAGCUGAAGCUGCUGAAAAACGUCAAAAAAUGCCAGAAGAUGGUGUAUCUGAAGACAAGAAGCCAUUUAAAUGCUUCAGUCCUAAAGGUUCAUCCCUCAAGAUAGAGGAGCGAGCAGAAUUUUUGAACAAAUCCGCUCAAAAGAGUGGUAUGAAACCCACCCACACAACAGCAGUUGUCUCAAAGAUUGACAGUAGACUUGAACAAUAUACUAGUGCAAUUGAGGGUACAAAGGCUUUAAGACCAGCUAAGCCUGCUGCCUCUGACCUUCAUGUUCCAGCCGAGGGUGUCCGUAACAUCAAGAGCAUGUGGGAGAAAGGAAAUGUUUUUUCAUCACCCUCUGGGACAGGAACACCAAAUAAGGAAACUGCUGGACUGAAGGUUGGUGUUUCCAGUCGUAUCAAUGAGUGGUUAACCAAGACCCCAGAGAGCAACAAAUCACCUGCUCCGAAACCUUCUGAUUUAAGACCAGGAGAUGUAUCUGGCAAACGUAACCUCUGGGAGAAGCAGUCGGUUGAAAAGCCAUCUUCUUCUAAGGUAUCAGCUAUUGGGAAAAAAUCAGAGACUAAUGCAGGUUUGAGACAAUUUGAGAAAGAACCAUAGAAGGCCACUAAAGACGCUGGACCAAUCAGUUGGG